AUGGAAGAACCCCAUCGUCCCAAUACUCUUAAAGUGGUUCUAUUAGGUGAUCUGGGAGUGGGGAAAACAUGUAUGCGACUGCAGUAUGUCCAUCAUGUAUUUACCAAUGCAUACAAGGCCACAAUAGGGGGAGACUAUUUAACGUAUACAGUUAAUGUUCCCAAUGGAUCAACCAAGAUACGAGAUAUUAAUCCGAAUACCACUAGUACCACCACCAGUUUAUCCGAAACAGCAUCAAAUCUGGUUGUUCCGUUUAACGAUCAACCAGAGUUAGAUAUGGAUUCUACCACUAAAGUUAUACUUCAAAUUUGGGACACCGCAGGUCAAGAACGGUUCAAUUCAAUAUCACAGGCUUUCUAUAGAGGCACGGAUGUGGUGGUACUAGUAUAUGAUGUCACCAAUUACGAAUCAGUAAUAAGUCUCCGUGAUUGGUUUAGCAGGUUUCUUGAGUAUUGUCACGUUACCCGACCCGGAGUUAUAAUCGUUGGAAAUAAGAUAGAUAGAAAUAGGGACCGAUGUGUAGAUGCUGAAGAGAUUCGAGAACUAGUCACGAGGAACCUUGAAACUGCUUCUAUCGAUGAUUAUAUAUUAAAUUGGACCACUGACUUAUUAGAGGUUAGUUGUAAGCAAAGAGAGUUGGUGGAAAAGGUAUUUCAAAGAGUGGCUCAAGUGGGUCUACAGCUUCAACUUCAGGAUGGGAAUGAAGGUGAAGCCAGACGUAACAUUGAAGGAUUUGAUAGUAUUGACUUGAAUGAACCUUUAAUCGCUUCAAGAUGUGCAUGUUAA